UAAUCAGAGGGGGGUAUUAAAGUAGAACAGUAAUGCUCCCAGAUUUCAAUCUGCCGUCUGCUGUAUAGUCCACGGAAGGCAACGACAUGGGAAGCACCGGGAGGAUGCUCAACCUUUGGAACAGGAGGCAGAGCCUCUUCCCUAACUACAAAGUCACCGGGCCUAGUGCUGAACUUAGAAGACCCUCAGAAGACAGCACCCUUCCAUUCACCAAGGACAGCUGUAUAAAAGAGUGGAAUUCCAUGCAGGAACUGAGCAAGGACAUUUAUGACAUCUACUCUGAGUAUGAGGAUGAGGAAGAUGAGAAGCCGUUGGCUCUUCUUUCAAGGCUGGCUUCACCCACCAAGAAUUACAAUCUCAACAUCAAUGUUGGGGGGAAGUCCUAUCAGAUAGCUUACCGGUUGGCGGCCAGGUACCCCAAAACUAGGAUAGGGCGGCUUGCCACCUAUACAGACCACAACAAGAAACUGGACCUGUGUGACGAUUACCAAGUCAAGAAAAAUGAGUACUUCUUCGACAGGGACCCAGAGAUUUUCAACAACAUCUUCACCUUCUACAGAACUGGGGUGCUGUGGAUAAAAGAUGAGCUGUGUCCCAGAAACUUUCUGGAGGAGAUCAACUACUGGGGCGUGAGGAUCAAGAACACCCACCGCUGCUGCCGGAUUUCCUUUGAGGAGCGACAGGACGAAAUAAACGAGCAGCUGAACAUCCAGAGAGAGCUGGAGGCCGAGGUGGAGAUCGAGGAGAAUGAGGAGCUGUUUCAGGACAUGUUCAUGGGCCAUAACCGCAGAGUGAUCUGGAACCUAAUGGAAAAACCUUUCUCAUCUGUCCCUGCCAAGCUCAUGGCCUUGGUCUCCAGCCUGUUUGUCCUGGUAUCCCUGGUGGCCAUGACACUCAACACAGUAGAGGAUAUGCAGUACAAGACUCCCUCUGGCCAAUUGAGCGGGAAGACCUACUGUGAAUUUGUGGAGUCUCUGUGCAUUGCUUUUUUCACCAUGGAGUAUCUGCUCAGGCUGGUGUCCACACCUGACCUCCAGACUUUCGCCAGGAGCAUGCUCAACACGGUGGACCUGAUCGCUAUUCUACCUCAGUACCUGCAGCUGGCUUUGGAGUGCUUUGAAAACAAUGACUACGUGAAGCACGAACAUGACAUGAGGACAGUUGGGCAGGUGGGGAAGCUGGGCCAGGUGUUGCGGAUUAUGCGGCUGAUGCGUAUAUUUCGUAUCUUGAAGCUGGCGCGCCACUCCACCGGACUGAGGGCGUUUGGCUUCACACUCCGCCAGUGCUACCAGCAGGUGGGCUGCCUCUUCCUCUUCAUUGCCAUGGGAAUCUUCGCCUUCUCUGCCAUGGUCUACACUGUGGAGCAUGACGUGCCCCAAACCAACUUCACAAGCAUCCCCCAUGCAUGGUGGUGGGCUGCUGUGAGCAUCUCCACCGUGGGCUAUGGAGACAUGUAUCCAGAGACCAUCCUGGGGCGUCUCUUUGCUUUCUUCUGUAUUUCCUUUGGAAUCAUACUGAACGGACUGCCCAUCUCCAUCCUCUUCAACAAGUUCUCAGACUACUACGCCAAACUGAAAUCCCACGAGUAUACCGCAAACAUGAAGAACCGGGGGAAAAUUAGGUUUGCCAAAAGGACAGCAAUGAAGAUCUCACUUUGUUGUGGAGUAGGACACACUACAUGAUGCUACAGCUAACUGUUUAGGACUUUGUAAGACACAAUAUCUGCCUGAUCUUUCUUAAAUUGGCAACAUAUAUAGUAUCGGGUUGAAUAAAGUAAUGUUAACUUUGAAAUUGCUGAAAACCCAUGCACUCUUUUGUCUUACCCAUCAGAUAUGCUUCUCCAGGGGUGGAAAUGGGAGGGAGUCUGGGGGAAGGGGGUUCUGGACUUGAAAACAUUUUGCGAUGUAAAAUUUUGCAUUUCACAUUGAAUUCAUAGAUUUUACAUUGGAGGGCUCCAGGAGUGAUUUUCUUUCUCCAUUUCUACCCCUGCACUUCACACAUAUGACCAAAUGAGAGUGCUUCUCCCCCAAAAGGUAGGCCUGUUAACAAUACCAUAUAGACAGUGCAUUGUCAUAAAGAGCUCCACAGCUAUGGAGCAACUUGCCCUGUCAGGUCAAGUUGAUUCUAUUUGCUCCUUUUUUAUAUUUUUAUGCAUUUAAUGAUUGAAACACUUUCUACAUUGCUUAAUGUCCUUUAUGUCACAUGCUGCUUCUCAGUUUUAAUUUGUAUUUUUUGAACACUUGAAUAACAUGGAGCUUUAAUGAGAUUUGAUUUUGCAAUCAUAUCUUGUAUGCUCAAUAAAGAGAAAUAAUGUUACAUGA